AAGAUUAGCCAAACCCACGGAAUGUCAAAGGUCAUAGCAUCUGAAUAAAUACAGGUCAUCCAGCUCAAGGUUUGUCACACAGGCUGUCCAGACAUCCUCUGUCUCCAUUUGGGAAGUCGCUCUUGCUCACUGUUCUACAUCCACGGUCCACAUCUACGAGUCAAAAUGCCUCACGCAUACCCAUUCCUCACCCCAGAGCAGAAGAAGGAGCUGAGCGAUAUUGCUCUUAGGAUUGUUGCUCCUGGCAAAGGAAUUCUCGCCGCGGAUGAGUCUACAGGUAGCGUGGCAAAGCGAUUCCAGAGCAUCAAUGCUGAGAACACAGAGGAGAACAGGAGGUUGUACCGCCAGCUGCUCUUUACUGCAGAUGACCGUGUCAAGCCCUGCAUCGGUGGAGUUAUCCUCUUCCAUGAGACCCUUUACCAGAAGGCAGAUGAUGGCAAACUCUUCUCCCAGCUUCUUAAGGAUAGGGGCAUGGUAGUUGGCAUCAAAGUCGACAAGGGUGUUGUCCCCCUGGCUGGCACUAAUGGAGAGACCACCACACAAGGUUUGGAUGGGCUGUAUGAGCGCUGUGCUCAGUACAAGAAGGAUGGGGCAGACUUUGCCAAGUGGAGGUGUGUGCUGAAGAUCACUUCCACAACUCCUUCUAGGCUGGCCAUCAUUGAGAACGCUAACGUGCUUGCCCGUUACGCUAGCAUCUGCCAGAUGCAUGGCAUUGUGCCCAUUGUGGAACCUGAGAUUCUGCCCGAUGGAGAUCAUGACCUUAAGAGGUGCCAGUAUGUGACCGAGAAGGUUCUGGCUGCUGUCUACAAGGCCCUGUCAGAUCAUCAUGUGUACCUUGAGGGCACUCUGCUCAAGCCCAACAUGGUAACUGCCGGACACUCCUGUUCCCAGAAGAACACCCCCCAGGAGAUUGCCAUGGCAACUGUCACAGCUCUUCGCCGUACCGUUCCUCCUGCUGUUCCUGGUAUCACUUUCCUGUCUGGAGGUCAGAGUGAGGAGGAGGCGACACUCAACCUGAAUGCCAUGAACCAGUGUCCCCUGCAUAGGCCCUGGGCCCUGACAUUCUCCUUCGGUCGUGCCCUGCAGGCCUCUGCACUUAAAGCCUGGGGUGGCAAGAAGGAGAAUGGGAAGGCAUGCCAGGAAGAGUAUAUAAAGAGAGCUCUCAACAACAGCCUGGCCUGUGUUGGGAAAUAUGUGUCUUCAGGAGACAAGGGUGCGGCUGCUGGAGAGUCUCUCUUUGUGGCCAACCAUGCCUACUAAACACCAAGAUGCCUUUUAUAUUUCAAUCUUAUUCCUGAAGAAUCAUUGAACCCAAAAUAAAAAAGCUCUGAAGUCCAUUAUUUGACCCAUUCCCUUUACUUUCAAUGUUUGUUAUUUCUAUUCGUAAAACAAAACUAUGGAAAUGGGGAAAGACAAAGUCUAAAAUAUAUUUAAACGAUGGUAAUUUAAUAUAAACUUAAUAUAAAUUUAAGAGAUUUAGAUGUGUUUUUGCCCUAAUUUCCUCUCUCUUCCCAUCUUUUAAUAACACUCCUAUUUGUCCUACUGUGUAACCUUCAACAGAAACUGCUCUUGUACUUGUAGUUGCGUAUAAAAAUUGUAUUUGAACUGUAAAAAGCACACCUACCUUUUCAAAGGUAUGCAAUUGUUGUUGUUUAAUAUGACACACUGGAAAAAAAUUAAAGUGGUUAUCACGGCUGA